AAAUCGGUGACAGACUAUCUAGGUAUUUUCUGGGUGAUCCGUUGGUAUUUUCUUGAAAAUUAUCGGAUUUUACCGGAAGCAUUGGUAUUUUAUGGGCAAUUCGUCGAUAAUUAUUGAUGGGAUGUCUCUUUAGAGAGCGUAUAAAGUGUUUUGCCAAUAUCUUUGGUUCGACCACAAAAUCUUGAGGAUCAUCUACAGUGGAUAUUUGUUAUUUAAUAAAAAUUGUUUGGACAAUCCCGGGUCAUUUUACAUUAAGUCAUUAAUUAAUUAAAAUCAUUGGAAAAGAAAGUUAAAAUAAAUAAAAGAUAAAAUCAGUUGAAUCAGAACUCGCGGAUUUCUGCUUAAGGAAGAGUUGGCUAUUAACUGAGCAAGAGAAGAUACACACACUUAUAAUGGACAUCCCAUCCGGGGCAUGGUUGCCAGAGCUGGAAAUGGACGAUCCUCUUGACUUCAUGUACCAACAUCAAAGUACAUGUCCUUACAGUGAGUUAAUGGAUUCAUUUUCUUCAAAAGGUUUCAAAGGUCACCUGAAUCUGGCCACAAGAAACCAAUCUAUUCAAGCAGCCACCAUCAACGGAGAUAUGGGAAAGCAAGAAAAUUACAACGCCUAUCCAACCAGCUCUUUUGAUCCUAUUUGUGGAUCCUCAUCCAACAGUUUCACCAUAUCUUUUGGAGAUCUCGACUUACCAGCAGAGAUGAGCCAAGAUCAACUCUAUGGAGGAUACAAACUGAAAUACCAUGAUGCAAUAAAACCUAAAGAGGAGAUGAGUCUAAAUGAACUUCUUGGAUCCAUUGAGCUUCCUAAAAGGGUUUCCAGCACAAGAAGAAACCCUAGACAAGCCCAAGAGCAUGUCUUGGCAGAGAGGAAGAGAAGGGAGAAGUUGACUCAGCGCUUCUUUUCUUUGUCUGCUCUCCUUCCUGAAAUUAAAAAGAUGGAUAAAGCUACGGUGCUAGAAGAUGCAAGUAGGUACAUACAACACCUUCAAAACCAAGUGAAGGAUCUCGAAGAAACAUCUAUAAAGAAGAGAUCCGAGUUUCAUGCAUGUGGUCUUGAAGAUGAUGCGUCUUCUUUUGACGAGACUAACUCUCUACUUUGUAGUAGUGAUUAUAAUCCUGGGAUUAGAGUAAGAAUUUCAGGAAAAAAUAUACUUGUAAGAAUUUACUGCCGGAGAAAUUCCUCGCCAGCAUUGAUGAAAGCCCUCAUUGAAAUGGAGAGACUUCAUUUUACCGUCAUGUGUAACAGCGUUCUUCACAUCUCAGACACUGCUUCUUUAAUCACUAUAAUUGCUCAGAUGAAUGAAGAGUUCGUCAUGGCAGCCAUUGAUCUUGUAAAAUGCUUACAAUCUUACCUCUCGAGUUUCCUAUAUUAUGACAUGCACUAG